AUGGCUCCUCGUAUCAAACAAGAGGACAUCGGUUCCUCCUUUCCUUCCAACAUUCCAGCUCUCAACAGCGACAAUCAAUCCGAGACACCCAGUGACGCUGUCCUUAGGACUCGCCGCGUUAGGUCUGCAGCGCCUAGCAUCGUCACUCAGCCUCACCUCCGGGCCGCGGAGGCCCAAGAAGUCGAGGAUCCCGAGCCAGUAAUGCUCGAAGUUCGGAGGGUUUCCCCAAAAUUUGAACCGGACAGUCAGCUCACCAUGGCCCAUCAGAGUUUCGUCACUUCCUUCAGUGGGAGCACUCUCACCCUGAGAGGGAUUGGAGCCAAGCUGAAGGACAUUAACGACGCUUUGGGUGAGCUCCAGGCGCGCGGCAUCCAGCAUGUCAUUAGUCUCCCGGAGCUCGUCCUUGUUGGCGAUCAAUCAUCGGGCAAGUCGAGCUUGAUGUCUGCCAUCGCCGAUUUACGACUUCCACGCAGCAGUGGCACUUGCACGCGCUGCCCAAUCCAUAUCCGGGUCUCUCGCGCGGAGGAGUGGUCCUGCAGUGUGUUUUUGAAGAUCGAUUAUGCGUACAAGCCGCCCAAUCACCCAAUAACGGAGCGGGAUGUUACCCCUACCAACAAGUUUCCUCCCUGGGUUUUACUUGAGCCGAAUCGCCGGGUCCGGCACGAUUUUAAAGUCAUACGGGACCAAUUCGAUACGGAGGAAAUCGAGACGGUCCUGCGCUGCGCGCAAACAGCUAUCUUAAAUCCCACUCAUCCGUACCAGAUGUUUGUCCCGAAAAGCAAGGACGACCCCCAGCAACGAGAACGACAUUUCCAAACAAUACUCGCGAAGGAAGAAAAGCCCGAGGCCCAGUUUUCACCGAAUACUGUUGCGUUGGAGGUUAAAGGCCCCGACCUUCCCGACCUGAACUUCUACGAUCUGCCCGGUGUCUUCAUGACAGCCAGGCGUGCAGAAGACGCAUUUCUGGAGCGCGUUGUUCAGAAUCUUGCCGAGGAAUACAUCAAGAGGGAAAGCGCGCUUAUCCUCUGCGCUGUUCCAAUGAACCAGGAUGCUGAGAACUCUCUGGCUCUGAAGAUCAUUCGGAAGCUGAAAGCGGAGAACCGUUGCAUCGGCGUGAUGACGAAGGCCGAUCUUUUGCCUAAUGAUCCUAACUCCAUCGCCAACUGCCUUGCUAUGUUGACUAACCAGGCUCAUCGCACUGGCUUCGGUUACUUCAUCACUUCCAGACAGGGUGAUGAUUUGGAACAGCAGAACAAGAUGGAGGAAGCCUUCUUCAACCGGACGGCUGAUGCUACUGGCCACUGGCCGGAGCAGUUUGAACCCUUCAAGGACCGCUGUGGCGUUGAAAAGCUCACCGUGUUCCUGUCUCGAGAGCUUGCCAACCGCUUCGCAAGAAUCCUGCCCGAAGUCCAGGAAAAGGUAAACCUGCGUCUGCAGGCCAUUAACGCUCAGCUGAGCAUGUACCCCGACCCUCCCCGUAAUCCUGAGCUUGAAAUCAUCAAGAGCUUGGCAGAAUUCACUAUCAACGUGAAGAACAAGGUCCUCCAGGAGUUCAUGAACCUGUGGGACGUUGAGUGUGCGGACAAGUUCCGGCAGAACAUCCUCCUAAGGAAGCCGAUCUUCAAUGUUCGCGAUGUUAUGCCCCAGCGGUCUCGUCCCGAAGUGAUUGAGAUUGAUAGUGACUCUCCUGUGACAACCCCCUCUUCAAACCGCAAGCGUACGGCACCGGCCACAGCCGACCAGAGGCAGGGAGCGUCCAACAAGCGGCAGCGGGUCCCCCAAAAUGGAGCGACUGUGAAGCCCGAGACUGGCAACCUCCCUGCCACACCUCGUCAUCCUCGUCUUGACGCCCCGGCAACCACGCCCUCCCGCCCGAAGCCAAAAAGCCUGAUGGAUAUCCGUGCCUUGAUUAAGAAGUUCGCCGUUCCCGGGCAGCCCGGCUUGGUUUCUGCCAGCGUCUACAAGCCUCUCUUCGAGGAGGCUGCGGAGUCCUGGGAACCAUUUGUCCGGGAAUUCGUCGACAAGACUCUGUUCAUUUUGAAGCACAGGAUGCUUGUGACCCUGGACGGCGCCCUUUCUCACUUGAAGAAUAGAGUGAUUUACAAAGAAUCGCUCGCCUUAAUGCACCAGUUUAUUGAAUCGCACCGCGAGCGCCUUCUCGAAAAGGUGAAAGGUAUCUACGAACUCGAGAAACAGCGCCUAUUCACCAAAGACGUCGAGACCCUCGAGCGCCAUCGCGCCAACGAAAAGAAAAUCCUCGUCUGGCACCGCAACCACGUCCGCGUAGCUGCGCACGCCGGUGAAGAACUCGGCCGCAUCCCUAAGAUGGAAGAGCUGAACGAGGAGAAGCUUAAGGAGGAAACCCGCAAGCUGGAGCAGGGCCUGAAGAACCUCGGCCCGGACCCGUUCGAGCAGGAAAUAGAAGUAGCUGCCUACGUACGCGGGUACUACCUCACCGCGGCUCAUCGCUUUGUCGAUUACGUCUGCAUCCACGUAAUGUCUGGCUUGCUGCCCACCGUCUCGGAGGAGAUCGAUACAUACUUGCAUGAGAAGCUUGGCUUGACCGACCGCGCGAAUAACCAGCAAGUUCUUGCCAGGCUCAUGUCCGAAGGCCCGGAGAUUGAGCAAAAGCGCAAGGAUCUUUAUGCAGAGAAGGAGAUGCUUGAUGGAGCAAUGGAAAUCAUUGUCAACCUCCAAACCCGCGAGCGAGAGGCUCAGGUGGCUGCCGCUACCGCCGCCGUUGCUACCUCACAGGCGGGUUCCUCGUCCCAGAUGACGUCUGUUAGCGCCGCGACGACGAAUGUGGGUAUUGUAACUACUGCUAAUGGUGGCGGGUAUGUUGAUGAGGAUGUUGAGAGCCCGGUCACGGUGAGGAGUCGUCAUCAUCUGCACAGGCAGAAUAGGGAUGUUGUCAUGUUGGAUGAUGAGGAUGAUGAAGUUAAUGGUUAUCAAGCAACCAUUGUUUCGGGAACUGCGAUUGGUGAUGCCUGA